AUGCUGCGGUCGAGCGGGCAACCUGAGGGCAACGCGCAACCUGAGGGCAAUGAGGGCAGCGCGCAACCUGAGGGCAACGCGCAACCUGAGGGCAGCGCACAACCUGAGGGCAACGCGCAACCUGAAGGCAGCGCACAACUUGAGGGCAGCGCACAACCUGAGGGCAACGCGCAACCUGAGGGCAACGAGCAACCUGAGGGCAACGCGCAACCUGAGGGCAGCGCACAACUUGAGGGUAACCUGUGGUUGGUCGAUAUGGCCAAAUGGCGGGGCAGGCUCCCCCUGGAGGCUGCCGUGCUGCUGCUGGUGCUGGGGACCACCGUGUCUGCUGCGGGGGCUGUCACGGGACAUCGUCUGCUAGCUGCUCCCCGAGCCUCUAUACCUGGUAUCGCGCCUCCCUCCUUCGCCCAGGUUGAUGACCAGCCAAACGUCAGCGUCGCCAACAUCCAGGACUUGUCUCCCGAAGAACAGACCACGCUGGCUUUAUCUGCUCCAAAUCUACUGCGACUCUUACAGCAGAUUCCUGCUCCUCAAGGACCCUUUUCAGCAUCUCAACCCCCAGCGGGUGACCAAGUAUCCUUAAACACAAAUGCUUUGGAUCCUUUUGCAAGAAUCGUUGGGCUGCGGCCACACCAAAACAUUAGAGGACUUGGUCCUCAGCAGUUCUUGCUCCUCGACAAUGUGAAUCCAAUAAAUUCUGCCGCACGUCAUGCGUCGUUCGGUGGUUUUGCGCAGCCCAGGCAGCCUUCGCCACUUCAAGAAGCAUUCCAAUUUAUACCGUCAAGCCACGACUUUUCGCAGAUAAGAGCCCUGCAAUUGCAGCAGUUCCAACAACAACAGCAGCUAAUCGAGCUACAAAAUCAGUUGCUGCAGUACCAGCGUCUCUUGAGCCAGCAGCCCGACACAUCACUUGGUAGUCAAAGUGAUCAGGAAAACGACCAAGUUGCUCAAGUUACGGAUGUCAAUUUUCUGUCCAAGAAUCGGCAAGGUUUAUUGUCCAGUUCGAUCAACUCGUCUCCUAAGUUGCAAACAGGAGCACGUUUACUCUCUAGUAAUCCAUUUCAGUUUAGAAUCAACGAAAUACCCCCGAAAAUUUCACCAGUAAGGCCAUCAGUGCAGACAGUGACCCAAACUGUAUUUUUGCCUCUCCCUGCAAGCGGCCAGAAAGAUGAGAGAUUGGAACAAGAAACUCAAGCUAGAAAGCACCUUGAAAUUAUUGAUGCAACAUCCAAAACCCAUUUAAACGAUAAAGUUAUUGGAACUGAUUUUGGGGAAUUGAUAUCUAUUGAUGAAGUCAUUGAAGAAAAUGCUACAGAAAAGGAUUCUGAUGCGCCAGCAAUCAAAAUGGAUGCAACGUUCUUUACAAAUGAUAGUAACUCCGCCAAUCCAGAAGAACACACUUUAAACUUUACAUCUGAUUCAGGAAGAAUAUCCAAAGAGCACGAGCGCAACAAAGGUGAAGAAAUCCCACUGCCUAGGGAAGUUGAUGUUAGUGUGGCUGUCACUGAACGAGCAGCUCCCGAAGAAGUGCAGAAGGAUGAGUCACUAUCGAAGUCGAACCAGAAAAACUUAGUAAUUUCUGAGAGCAUUCUCCAGUCAAAUUCCGAUGGAGAUGAUUCAAGCCAUGUUUCCCUGCAGACUUCUCUUAGCACUCCCUUAACUCAUUCGCGAUUAACUCCAGUUUCCGAAUUUCACCCAGAAUUUGCUGAUGAAGAAAUUCCAGCUAAACAAAUAACCGAGAAGGCGAUCAAUGAUUUUUCUUUUACUGCUCGUUCUUCGGGGUCGUUUCCAAUAAUUACUUCAAAUAUUUCUGAGAAAGAUAUAGCAUUGGACACUGACAUUGCAGAAAACGAUGUAGCAAAGGCAGUUCCAGGGGCUAGUACAGAUGCGACUCAAUCCUCAGAACCAUCUUUUCAAUUGGAUGAAUUCUUCAAAAGCCUUUCUACAUCACAGAGGCCUUCUUUGGAAACGGCUUCUUCAGACACAUCGAAAUCUUUGGUCGAUGCGCACCUGGAUGAAAAUGAUGGCUCUCCACCAAUCGAUACAGACCCAGAAAAGAUUGAGGAUAUUCGCUUUUUUGAAGCGCUCACAGUCGACGGGCACGCUUCCGUUGACACUGGUGAACCACUUGAAGAUAACGCCACGGAGCUGACUUCCAUGACCGAUAGAACGUCUAAAGCACCCAUGCUCAGUUCAAUCUCUAGCGUUGAACUUGGCGAGGACCUGCAUGCAAAGAAUUUAGAUUCGUUCAAGUCUGUCUCUACUCCCUCAUCGUUGAAUACUGCAAAUGAUGUAAAUGAAUCUCUAGAUGUUUUCGAUAGCGAGAUCAACUCACACUCGUUCACUCUCAGCGACUCUGACGUUAAUUCUUCUACAGAUAGCAAACUAACGUCUCCUGUCACUGUUAGAGUUUUUUCUGAACCAUCAAUUGCAGAUACAGUUAGCGAAAGCAUUACUGAAAGGACUGACAAAAUCGAGCCAAUUGACGAUGAUAGUUUAAUUUUUACAACCAGCUCGCCUAUAGUAAUCGAGUCUCCGUCAACGUUGAGAAUCUUCAGAAACAAUGCCGAAAUCAUCACUAGGAAUACGCCUCGCGCCCCUACACUCGCUCCUAUAACACCACCAGCAGAAGAAUCCGCGGCAAAUAUGUUGCCACUUGAAACAAUGUUUGAAGACUUUAAAAACGACAAUCUCCACUCAAUCGCACAUGAUGUCCAUAUGUCAGACAGUAAUACCAAUCUAGGUAGUGUGAUUACUGAAGUCCAGGAUUUUGAUUCCACUAUUGUUUCAGUGCUACAAAAUGCAGAAGUGAAAAGCGAAAACAUUGAAGCCACUCCUGCUCUUUCUCAAAAUGAAAAUAUAGACGACCAUAAAAUUCAAGAAAGCAUGAACUCAUCAAAGAUUUCCCCAGAUCAGAAGCGGAUUUCAAUUAUUAAUAGUCAAUCCUUUGAAUCUCCUAGAAUUGUAGAGCGAACAGUUAUUUCCAUUUCGUCCAACGGGAACCGAGAUAACUCCAAGACAUCAAUAAACCAAGAUUCUGAUUCGCUUUUAGACACAGAUGAACGCGCGGAAUCUCAUCACGUUCCAACUUUCACCAUUUUCGUAAAUCCCGAAACAGGCCGCAUUUUCAAACGUUCGGUCCCCACUGAUUCUGAAGACAUAAAUUCGAAGCUAUCCGAAAUUUUGCAAAUGAAGGAAAAAGAAAUUGAGGCUGCAAAUCAACGAUUCAAAGGAAGACAAGGAUUAUUUACAAUGUUCAAUGCGGAACGUAACUCGAAACGAAAUAGGAAUCAGCCUUCAGGAAAAUCUGUCACCAUCUCGAGUGACAAAAGCAUCAAUGAGGACCCCAGAGUACUGAGCAAAAACCGUCUAACAGCCAGAAAGGCAAGUCAAGACUCGUCAGUCCGUGAUGAGAGGAGAUCAGGACUCUUGUCUUCCCUAAGAGCUCAGAGAAUGAAGAAGCUUCAGGCUAUGACGGCAACUUCUUUCUCAAGCAGACUUGGCGAGACGGAACUUGAGCAAUCAGAAGGUAACGAGCUAAAUUCAAUUCAACCCACGGAGAUUCCAACACAGGAUGUGAAUCCCACUGAGGAUAAUGUGGUUGAAGAGGAAACCAUUGGCAGUGAGAAAGAAACGGCCCACACCGAGAAUGUAAAUGAUCGGCAGUCGAUUUCACCAAAUCCUAACAAACAGCUUACAUUACAAGAACAGCUACGGAUGUUAUUGAGAAAUAAGAGUACAGGAGACAAAGUACGAAGACGGUUGCUUUCGUCAAGAAGAACCUUUGGACAAAAUUCUAGGCAAGAAGCAACUGACAAUUUAACUGCUAAUCAAAGAACAACAGAGUCGACCACCACUGAAAUACCAGUUACAACUCAAAGUUCCCCAAGGUUCAAUAGGUUUAGAAAUUUAGCCUUGCAACGCGGAUCGGAUAGAAGUGACAGGGUUCGGCUACUGGCUUCAAGAUUUAGUAAUAGAAAUGAGCAGUUGGUAUCAAAAAUUCGUGGGGAGGCGAGUAGAGAUCCCGCAGAAAAAGAAACGAAAAAAAGUGACGAAGCAAGAAGGUCCAAGCUUAACAGAUUUGAAGGAUUCCGCGCAAGAACUCGGCCAUUUGUCACUGAAAAUAACAAAUUUAUGAUAUCUUCCACAACCACGAAGCCCACAUCAGAGUUGCCGGCACGAGAAACAGACGACGAAGUAACAACGGUUGUCACUACGACAGAAAUCGACGACACUGAAGACUCUACGAUUGGAAUUACCGAACAAAUUGAUGUGAGCACUAAUUUGAUAGGAACUAUUAGUCCCAUAGACGAAAAGCAAACAACUCUCCCAACAUUCAUGGCCAAGUUCCAAGAUAUUUUGAACAAAUCUUCCGUAAGUUCAAAAUUGGCUUCAUCAACAACUCAAAAAGAGCUAAACAUUGGUCAAGAAAUCCCAGAAAGUUUUAACGAAUUAUUGGGUAUUGAGGCAACCACCAUAAUAUCUGAGACCGAUAACACGCAGAAUAUAUUAGCCGAGACAAUUAAGCCAUUCUCGGAACUAGAUUUAAUAACUUUGAAAACUUCAACUGGAUUACCAACAGGUACUACAGAAGUUACAGUCGCCGUAGAUAAUACUCCGCAAUCCAUGUUUGCUGUAACGUCGGCUUCAAUUCCUCUUGAGCACCUCAAUAAUAAGACUUCUCGGAAUCGAUUUCAACCCGAUUCAUUUCCAGUUUUAGAUUCUGUACGAACUCGCAACAAGCUUCAGAAUAGUUUGCACGAAACUAAUUUGCCAGACGACGCAGGUGAAAAAGUAUCCGACGUGUUCAGUCGUAUGCUGUCGGCCAUAAAACAAUCUAAUAAUCAACAUGCAGAAAUGAAUGUUGGGGAACAUGCUUCCCAAACGACUGAAAGGCAAAUGUUAAGAGAUAACGUUCGUGAUUUCUCAAUAGGUAGUCAAUUUUUGGGCGCAAACCAACAGACCCCUGUUUCGGAAGCAUCAUUUGACGACCGUGAACAUUCCGUCGUUGACGGGGUGCUCGUAAGCGCUGCAGUUUCAUCGCUGGCGAAUCGUACUAAUGGCUUCAGGCCUCACGCGACUCCAUUGAGGAAUGGACCGGCACAAACAAUAUUGACCAAUUCAACAUUUUCACGAAGUACAGAAAACUUCUUGACACAAGUCAAAGAAAUAAGGAGCGAAGGUUUUACAACUCAGUUGAGUGUUCCUCAACUCGCAGAGGAAAUUUUUACAUCUUCUGUCGUCAAAAAAUUACCAUCAAUUCCGGGUCCGCUUACAGAAAAUACGUCCAAUUCGCUCGUAAAUUCCUUAAAAAGCCGUUUGUUGCACGGUAACUUUUCGCUUCUGAUUGAUGGCAAGCUUUUAGAAGAAGUUGCAGCAAGUUCUCAUAAUCAAAGUGAUGCACGGUUGGGUCCUUCGCCAUCAAUUAAUCAUUCAUUAUUUGACAUUCCUGUAAUGAUGAAAUUACCGAAAACACCAACAUUGGACUCUGAUUCUAAUGAUCCAAUGAUCUCUACUCUGGAAGAUGCGGAAGUCAGUAUUCCUACCCAGGCUUCUAUAAUUGAAGAAACUCUUACGCUUUUUGAUUCCAGUCAAAAUGUGAGUAGUUCUCGUGAUCUACUGGACUCAAAUAAGACCGGAAUUGACGCAGAACCUGCGGCUGUAGUCGGUGGAAGGACUUUCCCCUCUGACUCAUUUAUUCCAGACCUUCCAAAUGAAACGUCUAUCCAUGGAAGAUUGAAUAGUGAAACUAACAGCGAGACGUCAACAAUGGGUGAGAUGACAUCAUCGCCUGAGUCUAAAGCAAAAAUUGAUGAUACGACACCGAAAGAAAUAGUCUCACCAAGCAAAACACGCACUCUACCAACGUUUCAUGAUAUUUUCCCCUCUCUUUUCAACCCAAUUUUUGUUGAAGAGUCUACAACUUUUCCAGCGAAUGUAGAGUCUCUUCAGACAGAUCAGUUUGAAACAAGUGAUUUGAGAACCCUUCUCCCAAAAAAUCCAAAUCCGGAAGAUUUUCCGGAAUCCGAUACCGAUAAUACUCACCAAAACGAAGUCAAUGGGGAAUUGGCUACUAAAAAGUUUAGAGAAGAAGCAGAACACAUGCACAAGUUGAAGCCAGUACCUCUGGCACCAUUUGCCGUCCAAGUACCAGUCACUGUUGAAGAAACAGCUGCAAUGCAGCAUGCCACACCCGUGGUUUUGAUAGAAAGUAAAUCGGACGAUGCCGUCACGAAUAACCCUCUAUCAUCUACAUCAGCCGAUUUUUCUGAUGAUCACAAUCCACAGUUUGAAUCUCUAAGUCACCAGCCACCACCUAACUCUUUUGAAGCUCGGAAACGCCCUAAUGAAAGAUUAAAUUCUGACCACCAAGGUUCGCUACUCGAGGACUCAACAGAUGACAGGCUCUUCCAAAAUGUACAGCUGCCGAAUGAUGAAAUAAUGAUUGAAGAUGUUUUUCAUGACGAAACUAAUGACAUAAGUGGAUCAAUGCAACCGGUCAUUCUCACGCAUAUGGGUCAAGCAUUCAUGCCAGCUGUCACCAGCCCAGCAAAUGAGGUUUUCAUUCCAGCCAUUAACAUUCACUCAAAAAAUCAAUUCUUCUCGGAAUCAACGGAUAGAAGCUUCACAGAUUUUACUACAGAAACACAAUUUGUCUCUGAUAAUUUUGAGACCGAUUUUGCAACCACAAUUAUUCCACUUACUGCUUCAUUUGAUGAUGACUUCGCCACGCUGUUUGCGAAUUUUACUCAACCCCCUUUAUCUGUUGUUGAAGAUUUAGCACCAGACUUCCGCACUCUCUCUCUAAAUAAUGAAAGUGACAUAGAAUCACAGUUUCAACAAAACGGUCAAGCACCACACCGUGAUAAUCUAAGUGCUGUGAUUUUGAAUGAAGACGAGGAUAACACAAUAAGCAAUUUCAUAAAACAUUUGAAUCCUACGACACUCUCCCCCCUAAAUGUUGACAGUCCUUCAUUGCAUUCAAUUCCUACAGAAUUUGCUCCUAGUCAAAUAGAACUAUUCAAAUCCAGAACAGAAUUCGCUAUCGAUGAGUUUGCAAAGCAAAAUUCAAGAAGUGGAGCUAAAGAAUCGAUAUUUACGCAAGUCGAUGAGCGACCAAAUAUAAGCAAGGCUAUUACAGAUCCUCCUUUGACCUCUCAUGCAACAGUUGGAGCAACAAUACCGAGUACCGACAUGGGAAAUAAAGAACUCGAACUCGACCUCGAUACCCUCACGGAAACCACAUCAUUAUCGGAAUCUUUCAGUGAUGACGAUUCUAGUCUUCCACCACAAAUGUCAGAUGACAACAACCAAGAAUCCCGAAAUGAAGAUUUCCCGCAGAACCACAAUUCGAAUUUGCAAUUCAAUGCUGAAACUAAUCCGCUAAGUAAGGGAUCGGACGUUUUUGCAGUCAAAAAUUCAGAAUUUUCCAGUCCUACUUCCUCUGUCGUGGCCGAUAAGGAGCUUUUUAUUCACAACGAACUAAGUUCCUCUACUGCAAGCAACCGUAACAAAAUUGAAGCUAGUUUUACAGACAGAAUGCCUACCUCUAUUCCAGAAAGGAUUUUCCCAGCACUCACACCACGAUUGGUCCCGGAUCAACAGCCUGAACACCAUCAUUUGCCUAAUCUUCAGGGAUCAGACCACGUUAACUUAACUGCUAUCCAGCCUGCUGUUGGAGGUAUCUCAGAUGCGGCAGUCGUGAAGAAAGUAAUCAAGAUAACUUCGUUAAAUCCCCUUACUCCUUCACCACCGGCCAACCCUCAAGUUUCACCAUUCCCUCAUAGGCUUGUUCCUAAGCCUCUACAUACUCAGUUUGCUUCACCCAUACGAGAUCGAAGACCUGUGUUGAGGAGCCGGGCUCGGAAUAAUGAACGUCUUCAGCAAAAUAACUUUCUUAAUGGCUUUUCAACUCCCGUGCUGGACAACCAACAAGUAAACCUGGAAAAGGGUCACGUAAGCAAUGAUGUACUAAGUAGUGAUGAUAUUACAUCUAGGAACCCACCUCAAAAUGACCAGCAAAUAGAAUCUACGACCGUGGCUCAAAGUACUCGAAGACUUGAUUCAGCGAAAACGAUCCAAACUGUCCUCAAAUCUGAACUAACUAGAACAUCUGAAGAUACUGUAAAUCAACUUGAAAGAGGAGGAAGGGCAUUUGAUGCCUUUAGACCUCCGCACAAUUUAUUCAUUCAUGGAAUAGGCAAUACCCAAGACAAGGUACAAGAGUCUGAAACAUUCAAAUCUGUAACAACGGUGUCGCAUUUAAUGAACGUCGAACAACCUCCCGAGGCUCCUGAAAAAAUUGAAAACAGUCAAACGCCAUCGGUUGUUACUGGCGAUUCGCUAAAAGAAUCGGUGAAGCAUGCCCCCGACUUGACACAAGAAUCUCCAGUGUUCAUCCCCGAUGAAGGUGGUAGAAUCCGUUCAGGAAAUAGUUUUGUGACACCUCAACCAUUGGAAAAUGAUUCAAAAGAUUCAACUGUAUUCGUACCGAUUCCGGCGGGCGAAACAACAGGCUUUGAUCUAGAGUUAAAUCCAGAAAUAUUCAUUGUAAAAGAAGGGAUCAAACAUGAGACCAUACCAGUGCCAAUCGAAACUCAAUCAUUACCUGGAGCACGAGUGCCUUUUGAACGCAAUGUCAAUGACACAAUCAAAGACGAGGAGUUAGGCCAUGAGCUAAGUGAGCAUGUAAUAACUUCUUCCCGUGAGAUCGAUCAUCCUCCACCAUCUUUAAGUGCGCUUCCAAACGUAACCAGUUCUUCUGGAUCAACAAAAACGCAGAAAGAAAUACUUUCAGACCCUUCAAUUUUUGAACCAUUAGAAGGACCCUUAACUGAGUCGUCAGCUGAUUCUUCAUCAAAUCAGCAGCCAUCUACUCUAAUUUUUCGUUCAACUACUUUAGCACCGUCAUUCCCUGUAUCUACUGAAUCUACCUCAACUGUAGGACCUGAAACAACAUCAAUCCCUUCUGAUAACAUCCACAACCUAACAAACGACGAACUGCUGCUUCUUGACCUGCUGGCCGAUAUUGUAGAGUCACCAGCAACAUUGUCGUUUUCUUCUCUGUCGCAAUCCUUUGAUGACCAAUUUACUGCUCUCGAAGAGCCUCAAUUUGUGUCCGAGAAUAGGGAAGUGAAGGCUAUUGAUGCUCCAACGAGAGUCUUCUCGUCUCAAAACCUCGAGUUUUCCACGAUUAAACCAACGAAAGAAGAACACCAACAAAACUCACGUUCUCGAAAGCCAACAACUCAAACCCAUUCGCCAACGUUGCAAAGCAACCCUGUUUUCCCGCCUUCUUUACCCCAGUUUCCUCAAAUGCCCACCAUUACUACCCCAAAACCAUUCCUUGACCAUUUUUCAUCUCAUUCCUUUGAUACCUCAUCUUCUGAUCACAAUAGGAAUAACUUUGGAUUUAGCGGAAAUUUUCCGUUCCAUGUUUUCGAUUCUUUAACUGUCAAUCAGCCAAUCCGACCAAGAUCAGUUUCGUCACAGGCUCCUGUUAACACCGUAAGUCCUAAUUUUUCCUUCUUCCAAGUAUUCAAUCCCCCUAAGCCGGCCUCGCAUAGAUCGCAACAUUCUACUGCAUCAGCUCCUUUCCCAUUUUUAGGGAAACCUGUGGUGCCGAGGCGGCCCUCAGAAUUUUUUCAUGCAACUGUACCUCACUCAGUCGUUAAUCGCUCAAGUGGAACUCACGGGACAAAUCACGAUAACCUACGAAGGCAUUCCAAUGCAAAUCCACAGCCCUCUUUCUCAAGGGACGAAAAGGCUAAAAUUGUGUCAAUGAAAACGGAAUCAGGCUCCUUGAUUUUCUUACCAGCGGAUCAAGUGCCGCAAGCUGUUAACAUUGGAAUGGGAACUCCGAUUGACGUCUCUGAAAUGCAAAAGAAAAACUCAAACAGAUUUUUGUGACGAGAUAGUUUCACAUAAAUAAAUUACCUGUUUUGAUAAUGUAUGUAUAUAGUGUAGGUAUUUUUAUUUGAAAUCAAUCUGCUCGAAGUUUCAUAUUUCGACAGUAAUUGUUGAAAUAACACUGACAUAUAGUCUUAAGUCCUGACGUGUGCCAACUAUGGGUACGAAAUGUGAGUUUUGCUACUUAAAAUGCAGUUUUAUAAUUUUGGUCGUGAAUAAAUUUGCCAAUGUAGAAUUUUUUGCCCCAGAGAAUUUUUUAGUGAAUGAGAAACAAGUUAUUAUACAUAGUGCAGCAGAUUGUUUGAUUCACACAGAA